AAUCGUGGUAAGUAUGUGUCACUGCAUCUUGUAUUGACUCUGCCAACAGAAGCUUUAACCCAUUUUCACUAGGCGCUUGUGGCUGUGCUAUUCACUGCGAACGACAUGGAACCAGAUGGGCUUGCAAACGAACUCGUCUGAAUUGCUUGUGAAGGAAAUACAAUGUCCAAUUUUAAGGACACAAACUCUACCCCAGACGGGUAUAGGGCUCUAAACAUGAGUGAAUUGCAGGAGCUUUUACAAGAUAAAGAAAAAAUGGACCAGAUCGUCCGACUCAAUGAGAAGCUUGCGGAAAUGGAAGCAUUCAAUCCGAAGAAGACUUUAUCUCCCCUUCCAUUUUGGGCGGUGUGAGUUUCAGGAGCUGCAGGUGGACAGAGCGAUCCUGCUGACCUCCAACCGGAGCUUGGCUGAGGAGAGCAUCGCCAGGCGACCCCGCCUCAACAACGGAAAACUCCAGCUUGCCGAGAAAUACAAGGAGCUGGCCAAUCUGGCAACCAUCUGUUGGGAAAAACAGAGCCGGCUCGUGCCCCACACACAGAAGCACAGCCUCCAAACAGCACAGAAUCUUCUCCAUGAAGAUGUGGCGCGUGCUGAGGAACAGUCUGAGGACCUCCUGGAGAAGUUCAUGGAGGGGAACGUGCCCUUGGAGGGGUUCCUGGACUCCUUCCAAAGCUCCAGGAAGAGCUACCACAUCCGCCGUGUUCAGGCAGAGAAAAUCCAGGAGCUCAGCCGAGCCAAAGAGAAUUCCAGCAAACCCAAAAAGCUAGAGGAGCGAGAGGACAAGGCGCAGGAGGUGAAGAGAGACGAGCACCCUGAAACCCAGCAGCCCAACGGCUUCGUGGCCCAGGGCCCGCCCCGGGUCUUCCAGCUCCGCUACGGCCUCACCCCCGCCAUCCUGCUGCCCCAUUUCCCCCUGCCAACCACCUUGCCCUCUGCCCCGUCCCACGCCAGUCUACCUCCGCUGGACUCCCAGCCGGGCCAGACCCACAUCCUGAGCCCAAAUGCCCAGUUCUCGGGACAUGGGCACCCUGUGAACCUACGGGUCAUUGGACAAUUACCCGGUGGCUGGCCAACCAGACCUGUGCGGUUACAGCAGCUCUAUAGACCCGCCACUCACCAGCCUGAGCCGCUAUACCGAUAGCUGAGGCAUGGGCCCUGGAGGUCUCUAGACAUGGAACCAAACAGCGGCUACCAGACUCAUGCACGCAAAGAUGGCCUUUGAAGACUUUGUGGAAUUGAUCUGACACAUACGUCCUCCAGCCAUGACACAAAAUGUAAACAUACCUAAAAAGGGAGAUAACCAGAAGCCAUUAAGCAUGGAGUAUGUGUAGUUGAAAGCAAGCAAGUUAAUGAAUGAAUGAAGGAGCAACAGGUUGUGGUUUUCAUUGUUGUUCGUUUUUUUCUUUGAAUGUUACACUGUCAGGGCGUCACAUGGUUGUGAAGCACAGCAAUGAUAUGAAAAUGUCUCAAAUGGAGUAGUGCCUCCGGGUUGUCAUAAAGGACCCCAUUGUCCAUUCCUCCGACUAAGAACUGCAAGGCUUCUAUGAAAUGGCCUGGUGUCAUUUUGCUGAUGAUCAAUAAAGUACAAAUGGUGGUGUUUAUUAUUAACCUAAAUCCCUGUUGUUACUUGUUUCAUAGUUCUGCCCAAGCGAUACAGUUGUAUUUCUGCAAUUUUGGAAUAAUUUCCAAGCCAUUUUCCUGAUGCGCAAACACAAGACAUCACAACACAAAGAUAAACAAAGAACACUGAAUACGUGACAGAGUGUUUAUGCAGCUUCCCCUUUCAAAUGCAUAUUUAGAGCAGAUGGUCUAAUAUUUAUUAUUUAUCCGGCCAGUAGAUAUAUACUGGCAACAUGACUGUUUGCUCAGGCUUUUCAAAUGUUUUAUUAUCACAUGGAUAAUGAUGAUGAUGAAUAUAUCGCUGAGAGUGGAUAUGGGGGAACAGUAAAAUUGUUAUCUUUGGACCGGCUCCCAAAUAGGGCUACAUUUUCUAAAGGAUCACCAGGUUUCUCAGCUGAAGUUGAUUACCGUCACAAAUAAACCUCGAGGAGCGCACAA